AUGGCAGCACCUCGGCUGGAAGGCUUGACAGCGAUCGUUACCGGGUCCUCGUCGGGGAUCGGCCGUGGCAUCGCACUGGCAUUGGCCGCAGCUGGUGCUCGGCUUGUUGUCUGCGCAGAUCUAAAUGAGGGACAUGUCACCAAGUCGACGUUGGGAGCCAGCGUGAAGGCAUCGCAUGGUGCCGAGAUGGCGUCGCGCGCGUUGGUCGCCGCCAAGGACAGCGAUGACAGCGGCGAUACACCAACGCAUGAGCUUAUUCAUGCGCGCUAUGGAAAAGAAAGAGCUAUUUUCCUUCGCUGUGAUAUUAGUCUCGAGAAGAGCGAUGCUGUUAACGGGAUUUUCUCCAUUGAAUAUGCUGUCCAGGAGGCCGUUUCGAGGACAGGGAGAUUAGACCUACUUGUCAAUAAUGCCGGAGCGGGGAUUAUGGAUAUUCCUCUCCAUGAAAUGACCGCUGCGCAAUGGAACCAAUGCUUUGCCGUUGAUUCCACAGGCACAUUUAUCGCCACGAAGUUCGCCGUGACCCAAUUCCUCAAGCAAGACGAAGACGAGCACGGAUUCCGCGGAAAUGUGAUUAAUGUCUCGAGCGUCGCUGGCUCUGCCGGAUUACCGGGAUGCUCUGCAUAUUGCGCCGCCAAGUCAGCCAUGCUCGGAUUUACUCGUUCAAUUGCCAUCGAGUACGCAGAGAGGAGAAUUCGAUGCAACGCAAUCAAGCCAGGGUAUAUCAUGACGCCCUUCCUCCACAAAAUUAUCGAGGCUACAGGCGACGUGACCUGGCUUGAGAAGGCGUCGCCAUUCAACCAUCUUGGCCAGCCACAGGAUAUUGGAAAUGCGGCAGUGUGGCUGGCAAGUGGCAGAGAAAGUGGGUAUGUGACUGGAAUUGAUUUGUCUGUCGACGGGGGGUUCCUUGCUCGAUAA